AUGGUUUUCCUCACGCCUAAAAUGAUGGAAAGGACUGCACUGUUUGUGACAUUUGGUGGGUUUGUCACUUCUCUAACCACCACCUUUAUACCAUUUUGGAAGACAAUGAACUCUGACCUGAACGAGGUGGAGAACUGGUUCUCUGGACUGUGGCACAUGUGUCUUUACACCGAGGAGGUUGGGAUCCAAUGUAAGGCCUAUGAAUCUGUUCUAGCACUGCCGAUGGACUUACAGAUCUCCAGAGUGUUCAUGAUGGUGUCUAUCGGCACUGGUGUCAUGUCAAUGCUGGCGGCCUUUCCCGGGAUGGAAGGGGUAAAUUGCCUGCAGGAGCCAAAGCUGAAGAGGGGGCUCAUCAUCCUCAGCGGGGUGCUGGCCUGGAUCUCAGGACUCACCACUCUGGCUCCAAUCUCCAUAGUGGCUUACACAACUGUGGUGGAGUUCUGGGAUGAGGGUUUUCCUGAUGUGAUGCCUCGCUGGGAGUAUGGAGAGGCCAUGUUUUCUGGGUGGUUUGGAGGUCUGGCUCUGGUCCUGGGAGGAACCCUUUUCUUCAUCGCUGUGUGCAUGGGAGACUUCAACCAGCGGUCACAGAGUGCACCCAACAGCCCACAGGUGAAGCAUAGGGCACGGAUGCAAUACCUGAAGACUGAGGUUUUAUAA